CGCUAACUAAUUCCGGUCCCGGCCUCAUCUUCCUCCUCCUCCACCCCCCCAAACACUCACCUACGUCCCGACGUGUGUUUCUUCAUCUUCCCGCCCGCGUCCAGUCCAUCUUUGCCUCCCCUCCCUCUUUUCUCCUUCCCUCCAUCCCCACAAAUUCGCUUUCGGUCUCUCCAACCUGCUUGCCAACCAUCGCGCAUACACACAUCCCGCGUCUACGGCCAUCUAUUACUAGGUAUACAGCAUCACUAAGCGGCCCCGCGCCUGGGCAAAGCAAACUCCGGCCAGCUGCUGCAUCCCGCUGACAGUCUCCCGCCGCUUCCUUUGCUGGAUUCCAACCGAUUCGUCAGGGGAGCCGCCGACCGUCUUCCCUGCCAAGAGUUCGCCCGCCCGCUUUCCAACAGCAGGGGGGGCUUUAAACGCACCGCGAGAGAGGGAGAGAAAGAGAGAGACACAGAGAGAGAGAGAGAGCGUGAGACACGGCAGUGUUCCCUCACCUCACUCAGCGGGGAACGCACUUAACUUCCCCCGUUUUCUCUGGGGCAAGGCCGCCCGCGGACCUCGCGGGAUUGUGCUCGCUCGCUUCCCGCCUGGCUUCGGUGAAGCGCCACAACAUACCCAAGGAGGGUGGGUAAGAAAGGCUAGUUGGUGGUUUGUCACUCGCUUUCUCUCACUGAGACGAAAGAUGCCGCGCCUCGGGUACAAGAAGUCUCGCGGUGGCUGUGCAAGAUGUAAACAACGGCGUGUAAAAGUACUUCUCACUCCUCACAUCCACAUUCAUCUUACCUCCUCACUCACUCUCCCAUCUGUCCGUGGUCAUAUCAUAUACAUACAUACUUACACACAUAUACACACACACCUACCUUUACACAUGCACACACACACAUACACACACACACACACACACAUACACAUGCACACACAAACACACAUAUGCGCACGCAGGCUGACGUACAUUUACACCUAGUGCGAUGAGAACAAGCCUUGUGGCGCUUGCAUCAGACACAACACCCAAU